CAACAAAAAGAAGAAUAGACACGUGACCUGUCACAACUCUGUCAACAUGGCAGCGGCCGUCUCUGGUUUUAAUAGAUCAAGACAUGGCUCAAAAUCCAGUGCCCAGAUAGAUCAAGGCGUUAUGCAGGUGGAAGCCUGGGAGGAUGAUGAGCAGAGCACCAAGCUGGCAGAAAUCCUUGAGCUUCUUUUGGCUGCUGGAUAUUUUAGAUCCCGAAUCAAGGGACUCUCACCUUUUGAUAAGGUUGUUGGCGGUAUGACCUGGUGCAUCACCACCUGUAACUAUGACAUUGACGUCGAUCUUCUUUUUCAAGAAAAUUUGACCAUUGGUCAGAAAAUAGCUUUGACUGAGAAAAUAGUGUCUGUGUUACCGAAAAUGAAGUGUCCUCAUCAGCUGGAGCCUCAUCAAAUCCAAGGGCUUGAUUUUAUUCACAUUUUUCCAGUGGUACAGUGGCUAGUGAAACGGGCCAUUGAGACCAGAGAGCAAAUGGGCGACUAUGUGAGAGCCUACUCUAUAUCUCAAUUCCAGAAGACCUAUAGCCUUCCAGAGGAUGAAGAGUUUGAUCAGAGGAGAAGCCAGGCAGUGGGAGCAGUUCUUGAUGUACUGGAUGUAUACAAACCUCAGAGAAAAUACAGAAGGCAAAAGGAGGCAGUGGAACUACUGGAUGAGGAGUGCAAGGUUCACUCUACAUUGCUGGAAUAUGGCAGGCGAUAUGGUCUCAGCAAACAAUCCAAACAAGACAAGAUGAGUGAAAAAACACCUUUGACGCUAAAGGAUUCUGUGGCACAGGUGUCAGAGGAAGAAGCGCAGUGGGUGGCAGAGGAGAUCCGCAUUAAAAGCCUGAUGGACACAAUGGCCACCAUGGGCAAUUUAGAGGGCCAACUAACAGCAAGUGCGGUUGGAUAUAUUGUGGGACAACAGUCUGAGGAGAUCAAACUUAUGGCUUCUGAGUAUGCUGAGAAGCAGUUGGAGGUAUCAGAGGACUUUUCAGAGCGAUAUGGUCAUCUUCACCAACACUUUAGAGCUGUUGCUUCUCUGAACAAACAGAUUCAGCAAAUGCAUAACCAACAUACUGAGCUACAAGCCAAACAUACAGAGGUUAAGCAUGGUUGUGACGAGGCCAAGAUAAAGUUGACUGAGGUUACAGAGCAGUCCGAUACACUGAUGACUGAACUGAUGUUGCUAGAGGAUGUGGAAAGGCAAGCUGACAGCAGCGUACUGGAAAAGCUGAAGUCUUUGGUCACAAUGAACGAAAACUUAAAACUUCAAGAACAGGAGUUCCGUAUACACUGUAAAGAUGAGAUGAUCCGUCUACAACAGGGUAUUGAGGACUUGCGGACAUCAUUUGGACUGGGUAAAGAGGAGGAGAAGGAAAGGAACCAACUGAUUAACAAACAGCAUAAUACAGACAGCGAGAAACUACAGAAGCUCCGUCUGUCAAUGGCUAGGAAGAAUCGUGACAUUGCCAUUUUGCAGAGAAAGAUUGAUGAAGUGCCUUGCAGGGCAGAACUCACACAGUACCAGAAGCGGUUCAUUGAACUUUUUUGCCAAGUUUCUGCAACACACAAGGAGACCAAACAGUUUUUCACUUUGUAUAAUACACUAGAUGACAAGAAAGUUUAUCUCGAAAAGGAGGUCAAUUUGCUGAAUUCCAUUCAUGACAACUUCCAACAAGCUAUGUCAUCUUCAGCAGCAAAAGAACAGUUCCUAAGACAGAUGGAACAGAUAGUGGAAGGAAUCAAACAGAGUCGUAUUAAGAUGGAAAAGAAGAAGCAAGAGAACAAAAUGAGGAGGGAUCAGCUGAAUGACAAAUACCUGGAGCUGCUCGAGCUCCAGAGGCUUUAUUUCAAAACAGUCAAAGACUUUAAAGAGGAAUGUCGAAAGAAUGAGAUGCUGCUGUCCAAGUUGAGAUCGAAAGGAGCAACUUAGCUGAUAUGUUACUAUAAGAAAAUGCUGUGCUUAUAUUAAAGUAUGCAAUCUGUGAAAACAUUACACUGAUAAAUAUCUCAUGCACAUAUUAAAAUCUCUUUUGCUUCAUUGAUCAUUAAAUGCUUUUAUCCUAUCCUCAGUGCCAUAUGCUGAGUGGAGAAAAAUAAAACACUAUGCGACCUGUACAAAAGUUGUCCGAUAAUGACUUUUGAACCGAUAACCCGAUACUGUCCAAGUCCAAAAAUCUGAUAAUGAUAUAUGCAGUUGUGCACUUAAUGUGUUAUUGCUAAUUGUACUGUGAUGCCCCACUGAAUGCUUUAAUAAUGAUAAAUGUAAAAACUUCAAGGUUUUCCAAAUAAAUAUUCUGUCGAAAAAAUAGGGAACAACAUCAACUGAAGUUAUAGAAAAUAAAUGUCCCAUAUAAAAAAUAUACAGUGGUAUCUCUACAUACGAAUUGUAUUCGUUCCAGGACCUGGAUUUUAAAUCGAAAUGGUCGUAUGUCGAUUAUAUGACAUUAUAAUUCAGUUUAUUCGUUCCACAGCCCAAAAACCUACGCUAAAUCUUUAAUAAAUACUUCUGGAACAAUUACAGAUAGCAAUUACACAAAGCAAAGCAAAUAAAUUAUAAAUACAAGUCGGAAUAAUAAUCAUGUAACAAAUCAGGUUCUAAUGUGGCAGUUGAGUUUUGCAUGCUGUUCCUGAACGCGCCGUGUGAUUGACGAUAGAAUGAGAGAUUGAGAUAGAAUGGUAGAGUUUUUAGCCGUGUUGUUUUGCAAAAGUUCAGAACUAAAUGAUGAAAAACCUGAUGAAGCUGGCGAUUUCUUUGCUGAUGUUACAAUUCAGUGGUACCUCUACGAAGAAUGUCUCCAGAUACAGAAAUGUCAGGUUAAGAAAUGCCUCAGCGGGAAAAUAUUGCCUCGAGUUACAAAACAAAUUUCAGGAUAACAAAGGCAAAAAAUGUCUCAUACUCGCUGCUCCCGGAGUUAACUGAACGUAACAUACUUAUAGCUGCUCUGCCAUUGGCUACUGCCUAGCAUCUUCCUGGCAUCCUGGCUAAGAGGGACCUCUACUGUAUUUGUAUGUGUGUCCUCUCCAUUCGCCCCUCGUGUUCCAACAGAUUUACAUGAGUGUAUUAACUUUUGUUUUUUAUAUGAUGCACAACUCUGAUUUUAUGUUUAUUGUACAAUAAUCUAAUUGUAACAUGUAUUAGAUAUUUUCAUGCAUUAUAAAAGGUUUAUGUCUGAAUUUUGGGGGUCUUGGAACGGAUUGGGGCAUUUACAUGGAAAACCCGUCUCUAUCUACAGAAUGUUCAGGUUAAGAAACUACUCCCAGAACCAAUUAAUUUCGUAAGUAGAAGUAUCUCUGUAAUAAUAAUUGUCACCUCAACUUAUAAAGACUAGCGAACAAAGGUUGGAGGACCGUCGAGAUCGUAUACACAUAUUCCGGCCGUAUUGUUGAGCCAGUUCACUGACACGCACACCGCGUUAAUAUUUUUCUAUCAUCUCCAUCUUAAUUUCAAUAGUAGGCGUUACCUUAUUCCUUUUUUUCCACCACCUGCUCUAACCUUCUUGGGACCCAUGUUGAUUUCUCUCAAGAAAAUCCGCCGUACAUCCGUCUUGCGGGACAAUGAAAUGCAACGCUGUCGUAAAUCGUCAUAUUUCAAGUAUGUCGUCAUAUGUCAAAACAAAUGACAAGUUUAACGUCAGAUGUUGAAAGGAUCGUAUGUCGAUGCGAUCGUAUGUUGAGGUACCACUGUAAAUUGAAAUGAGCUCAAAUGUCCAUAAUUAAAGGAAUCACAAUUAAAUCAGGUUUAGUUACCCCAAAGAGCCCUAAAGGGCGACCAAAGCAUCACAAAUACAGGCAUUGCAGGCAAUCCAGACAUGCAAUGCCAAUUCCCAAGAGGCAUUUUGUGGGCUUUUGCACAGAUUUUUGUAUUUUAUUUUCUAUUUAAUUUUCUUAGUGACUAUUUCUGGUAACAUGGUA